AUGCUGUAAGAAUAAUAAGAGAUCUGUCCUAUCGAGUAAUUUAACAAAUUCUAUUUAGCUAGAUACUUUAAGGGCCUCUAAAAUUCCUUUGCAGAACUCAUCGAAGUUGCAAAGUCCAACUCAAGCAAUCAUACUAUAGACCUCAGACCUUAUAAAUCUCCAACACUGCAUUCUAUCUUAUAAAAAGUUGAACAAUUAGUAUCAAAUAACAAUAAAGGAAUAGAACGAAAAUGAAAUUCCAGAUUAAAAACCUUCUGAUAAUUUAGAGCUCAAGAAAAACCAACUCCUAGAAUAUCAGAAUCAUGCAGAGUUGAUUACUACUAAUUUCUAUACUCAAUCUGUCAUUGCAGCCAUGUAAGUCAGAAAAGUAAAGAAUGAAGCCAUCAAUUGUGCGUACAUUCAUGCCUUAUAAGGAUUCCCCUCACUCAAAUAGGAAUAAGACAAAUUAAAGAAAUGCAAAUUGCAAUCCUUUCAAUUGGCGUAAUUUUACAAGCUUAUCAUAGGUAAGAAUAGGAAUUUCGAUUCCUCAAAUCCAUAUAGCCAAAUGUUUAUUAGCUACACAAAAUCAAAUAGAUAUCUAAUCAUAUCGAAGAUAGAUUUAUGAUUCAUUUCACUAUUUAUCAUCCAUUCACUAAUAAGAAGAUGUAAAUCAUCAUAGCUACCAACGAUGCAACUCUCGAAUAGGUGAUCUAGGAAAUAGAUUGUCCUGUUGAAUCCACAGAGAAAAUGUUUUAUCAAGAUGAAUUAUAAAUAUUUGAUCCUCCAUCAAUCAGCAUCGGAAAAAAACAAGAUGUCAUAGGUCAACUUACAUUUGUGUUGUGUAAACAAUAUACAUAUACUCAUUUAAAUUAAUGCAAACAUAGAAUAUAUAUCAAUGAAAUACGUUCAUUGACUUAAGAUNUUUUAAAUAUGACUUAGAGACUUCAUCUGUAAUAACUGUAAUAAACUUAUCAAAAACCUUUUCUGCUUCCAAAAAAGUUACCUCACCUGCAGGAGCAUCCUCAUCAUCUGGAUUCGGAAAAACAAUUACAAGAUCACCAAUAUUGCAAUCUUCAUAAAUAUGUUUCAUUUCUUCAAACUCAUUUGGAUUUAAAAACUCAUCUUAAUAUUUCUCUGAUUCCUCUGUAUCGUCACUACUCAGCAAUUUCUUUUUGUUUUUUAAAAAUCGCUUAACAUCAAUUUGAUUUGUAAAAAAUCCCAAUAUCUCUCUUAAGGAUUACUCUUUUAAAGUUUAGAUUUGCUGCUACCUGA